AUGCUGCGCGUUCGGCUGAUGUCGUCUGGUCUCUUGGUUCUGACUCUUUCUGCCGAAGAGUUCGACAGUCUGACGGAGAAGGGUGGAAACUCUGAUGCGCAGCUGAGCCUCCCGACGGACUUGAGCCUCGUGCUUCUGACCUAUGCAGUGCCAGAAGCUGAUUGCCUGCGAAAGCUGUCGGACGCAAUCGCGACUGAUGACGAGAAAGGUGUGGACACUUUUCUCCAAAAGCCCUACGAUCCCAACUCUGCAGUCAUGGAUGUGGCCUGUUUGACCCUGGCAGCCUACCACGGCAGUCUCAAAUCUGCCAAGCUGUUGCUUGAAGCUCGUGCCCAUGUCGCGGGUGGAGAAAGAGAAGGAAUGUCCCCUCUUCACGCUACUUGCCACCGAGGCCAUUCGGAUUUCGCAAGAUGGCUGCUUGAAUCUAAGGCUGAUGUAGCCGAGACAUUUACAGACGGAAGGCUUACCACCGCAGCCUUGCAUCUUGCCUGCGCACGUGGGCAUCUAGAACUCUUGGAGGUUUUGGUGGAUGGAGGUGCCGAUGUCAACCAGUUACCACCAGGGCAAGGCAGUCUGAGACCCAUGAUGAUCGCUUGCGCGGGAGGCCAACUCGAGGCAAUCCGCUUCCUGCUGAAGUGUCGAGCUGACAUCGACUGCACUUCGGUGGAUGCUGGGAACGAGGUGUCGGUGGUACAGCUCUUGGUGGAAGCCGGCGCAGACAAAGAGAAGGCUACUGUCUCUGAUCUGUCCCCACUGGUCGAAGUCGUGCGCUCCCUUGUGGGAGCUGGCGCCGACAUUGCCCGUCGUUGGCGAGGGCCGGAUGGCAUGUCACCCUUACACGUUGCUUGCUCGAGUGGGCACUUGGAGGUGGCCCGUGUGUUGGUGCAGGGUCGCGCAGAUUUGACUACGACAGCGAGCGGCAGCACUCCGAUACAGCUGGCUGAAGCGUAUGGGAAGCAGGACCUUAAGGUUUCCGUCUGCUCUGCCCCUGAGCCCCUUGGCCCCCCUUUACCUUUUAGCUUCUUGACUGCGGAUUCUGGAGAUUGA